CCCGUUUGCCUGUCCGGUGUCUUCACUGCUGCCGCCAUAAUGGUUCGCAUCAUCAUUAAAGGAGGUGUUUGGAAAAACACCGAGGAUGAGGUUCUCAAAGCUGCCAUUGCUAAGUAUGGAAAAAACCAAUGGGCUCGUAUCUCGUCCUUGCUUGUUCGGAAGACCCCCAAACAAUGCAAAGCACGGUGGUAUGAAUGGCUUGACCCCUCCAUCAAGAAGACAGAGUGGUCUAAGACCGAGGACGAGAAAUUGCUACAUCUGGCGAAACUCAUGCCCACCCAAUGGCGAACGAUCGCUCCCAUUGUCGGGCGGACGGCUACACAGUGUUUGGAGCGCUACCAGAAGUUGCUGGAUGAGGCUGAAGCCAAGGAGAACGAGGAGUUGGGACUGGCGGGGCCGGGUGGGGAGGCGGGUCCGAGUGCGGAUGAUGUCCGCAAACUACGACCGGGAGAGAUAGAUCCUGACCCGGAAACGAAGCCUGCGCGUCCGGAUCCCAUUGACAUGGAUGAGGAUGAGAAGGAGAUGCUUUCGGAAGCUCGCGCGCGUCUCGCGAAUACGCAGGGCAAGAAAGCCAAGCGCAAGGCUCGCGAGCGGCAGCUUGAGGAAGCAAGGCGUCUUGCAGUGCUGCAGAAGAAGAGAGAGCUGAAGGCGGCGGGCAUCAUCAUGCGGCACAAGACCAAGAAGAAAGGAAUGGACUACAAUGCAGACAUCCCCUUCGAGAAGAAACCUGCUCCAGGGUUCUACGACACGUCCGAUGAACAGGCCCGCGCAACCACGGCUCCAGUGGGUCAAACUCUGCGUCGUCUUGAGAACAAGCGGAAGCCGGAGGAUGAGGAGGCCGAACGCAGGAAGCGUCAACGCAAGGGUGACGGCAAAGGCGACGCCCCGCAUCAGACCAAGUUUGUUGCGGCCCGUGAUGCCCAGAUUCAGAAGUUGAAGGAGGCCGAGUCGAUCGGCAGACGGCGCAAGUUGGUCUUGCCCGCUGCUCAGGUUGGUGAGAAGGAAUUAGAGGACAUAGUCAAGAUUGGGCAAGCUGGCGAGAACGCCAAAGCUCUGGUCAGCGGGGGUACGGAGGCAUCUACUAAACUACUCAACGAUUACGAGGGUUUGGAGAAGGCGCAGAUGGCGCGGACUCCUCGCACAGCGCCGCAAUACGAUAAUGUCAUGUCAGAAGCUCGGAACCUCAGGAACAUGACCAUGGCCCAGACACCACUCCUCGGCGACGAGAACACUCCCCUUCAUGUCGGUCCUCAGGGUGGUACCGGGUUUGAGGGCGCCACUCCUCGUCAUCAGGUCGCUUUUACACCGAAUCCGCUCGCAACGCCCCUUCAUGCCGGGGGUCUAGGGCCUGGAGCAACGCCGAGGACGGAUAUUGCGACCACACCAGCAACCGCCAUGAGGACUCCCAUGCGCGACGGUCUCCGCAUCAAUGUGGAAGACGGGUUCUCUGCCAUCGGUGACACUCCCCGGGACCAACGCCUCCGUCAGUCCUCCGUGAAGAGAGCUCUUAAGACUGGUUUCAUGAGCCUGCCAAAGCCUGAGAACAACUUCGAAUUGCUUGUUCCUGAAGAUGAGGAGGAAGAACUGGUCGCGGGUGCCCCGAUGACGGAGGAAGACGCGGCAGAGAGAGAUGCCCGGAUCAAGCGGCAACGAGAGGAGGAAGAGCGGAAGGCUCUUGCGCGUCGGUCCCAAGCCGUACAGCGCAAUCUUCCUCGCCCUGCAAACGUCGACGUCGCACGCCUUAUUGCUGAUCUGACUGUCGACGAUGACGACUCAGCCGAACUCGGAGCUGCCGCACGACUCGUACAUGCGGAGAUCGCGGAUUUGCUGCACCACGACUCCAUAGCACACCCGCUCCCGGGUACAGUGCAUCCAGGCGGCACUCGCUCGACAUAUCAGAUGCCUCCGGACGAGACGCUCGCGACUGCGAAGUCGCUGAUCCAUGAUGAGCUCGCGACAUCCCUUGGCUACCCUGGCGCACAUAAGGAUGUGGUGAAGCAGGGCGUCGUCGCGCUGUCUGGUCUGGACGAAGUCGAUGAAACCCUCUCAUGGGUCCACACGCGCGACAAGUUGGUCUACGACCCUACCUCGAACAUUUGGGUCGAGCCCAGUACAAUCUCGCACGAGUCACGCGUCGCAGGUUACAACGCUCAGCUGGAGGCUUUCCGCGAAGCGAUGUCGAAGGAGGCCAGCAAAGCCGCCAAAUCGGAGAAGAAGCUGAAUGUCAUCCUUGGGGGCUACCAAGCUCGUUCUGGGGCCCUCUCAAAACGUAUCACAGACGCCUUCACGGAACUGCAGAAGACCAAGGAGGAGUACGAGAGUUUCUCGAAACUGCGUACGAAUGAGACGGCGAUGGGGCCGAUCCGGCUCGCAUCACUGAGGGAAGAGGUGGAGAAGUUGGAGCAGAGGGAACGCAGGUUGCAAGAGCGGUAUGCCGAGCUUGAUGGCGAGAGGAGGGACGCCCUUUCUCGUGUGAAUGCUCUAGAGGAGAGGGUGUUGGCGGAGGCGGAAGCAUUGAACGAGGAAGCCCUUGCCGCGAUGGAGGAUGCCGAUGUUACUGUUCCCGCCGCUGAAGCUUGAGGGCCUGUAGUCGUUAGCUAUUUUGUUACCACUGCUGUAUUUCGUCGCUGUGAGCAUCUCCAGUCUGACAUAGUGUCCUGCUCCUAGGCCAGGUCUCUGGUCGGGUGGCCUCGUUCC